CCGCCCGUUCUUGAGCUCACUGGAGGCUGCUACCGUUUCUCUCUAGUAGUUUCUAUUUCCAUUCGGUUUCAGAAUUUGGAACUCUCUCUCUGUGAACGGGAAAAGAACGAAGAGGAAACUAUGAACAUCUCUACUCCUCCUUCUCGAAUUCGCUUUGCUUCUUCUUCUCUUUCCAGAGUCCUCUCAUUUUCACCUCAUGCUUCUAGAAUCUCACCGUCUUCUUCGUGUUCUCAGUUCUCUGUUUCGUUUGUCAACCAGAAGUAUCAGUCUCGCAGCUUCUCGUCGGCUAUCCGGUUGCUGCGUUGCUCCUCAACGAGUUGGAGCCACUGGCGGCCGCCGGUUAGCCUCCGGGCUCAAUCCAGGAUUACCUCUCCUGUGAUUGAGAAAUUCAAACGGAAGAUGGCUACAGUGGCUCCUGAACAUGCUUUCAAGGGAAUACUAACUUGUCUUCCUAGGCCUGGUGGUGGAGAGUUUGGAAAAUUCUAUAGCUUACCUGCUUUGAAUGAUCCAAGAAUCGAUAGAUUGCCAUAUUCUAUAAGGAUACUUUUGGAAUCUGCAAUACGAAAUUGUGACAACUUCCAAGUUACCAAGGAUGAUGUUGAAAAGAUUAUUGACUGGGAAAAUACAUCCUCAAAACAAGUUGAGAUCCCCUUCAAGCCUGCUCGAGUUCUUUUACAGGAUUUUACAGGAGUACCAGCUGUGGUUGAUCUUGCUUGUAUGCGAGAUGCUAUGAAGAAUCUUGGCAGCAAUCCUGAGAAGAUUAAUCCAUUGGUGCCAGUGGACCUUGUCAUUGAUCACUCAGUUCAGGUAGAUGUGGCAAGAUCUGAAAAUGCAGUACAGGCAAAUAUGGAACAUGAAUUUCAGAGGAACAAAGAGAGAUUUGCUUUCCUUAAAUGGGGUUCUUCAGCCUUCCACAACAUGCUUGUGGUUCCUCCUGGUUCUGGAAUAGUCCACCAGGUUAACCUUGAAUAUCUGGGGAGGGUUGUGUUCAACACUGAUGGAAUUCUCUACCCUGAUAGUGUGGUUGGUACUGAUUCCCACACCACCAUGAUUGAUGGUUUAGGGGUUGCUGGCUGGGGAGUUGGAGGAAUUGAAGCAGAGGCAGCGAUGCUUGGUCAGCCCAUGAGUAUGGUAUUGCCUGGACAUACUUACAUCAUUACAUGCCAGGUUAAGCCAUGGAUUAAAACAAGUCUAGCUCCAGGUUCUGGAGUUGUCAAAAAAUAUUUGCUCGAGAGUGGGCUGCAAAAGUAUUUGAAUCAACAGGGCUUUCACAUUGUUGGUUAUGGGUGCACAACAUGUAUUGGAAAUUCUGGAGAUCUUGAUGAAUCAGUUGCUUCUACAAUUAUGGAAAACGAUAUUAUUGCCGCAGCUGUGCUUUCUGGAAACCGGAAUUUCGAAGGUCGCGUUCACCCACUUACCAGAGCCAAUUAUCUCGCUUCACCUCCUCUAGUUGUUGCAUAUGCCCUUGCUGGCACAGUUGACAUUGACUUUGAGAAGGAGCCAAUUGGAACAGGGAAAGACGGGAAGAGCGUAUACUUUAAGGACAUAUGGCCAAGCAAUGAUGAAAUUGCUGAGGUCGUUCAAUCUAAUGUAUUACCUGACAUGUUCAAGAGCACUUACGAGGCCAUUACAAAGGGCAACCAAAUGUGGAAUCAGCUUUCUGCCACUGCUUCCACUCUUUAUUCUUGGGAUCCAAACUCGACCUACAUUCAUGAACCUCCGUACUUCAAGAAUAUGUCGGUUGACCCACCUGGUCCUCAUGGAGUGAAGGAUGCCUAUUGCUUGCUCAAGUUUGGUGACAGUAUAACCACUGAUCAUAUCUCUCCAGCUGGAAGUAUCCACAAGGACAGUCCUGCUGCUAAGUAUCUCCUUGAGCGUGGGGUAAGUCCCAAGGAUUUCAAUUCUUAUGGGAGUCGUCGUGGCAACGAUGAAGUGAUGGCACGCGGAACCUUUGCCAAUAUCCGAAUUGUCAACAAACUCUUGAAUGGAGAAGUGGGUCCUAAGACAAUCCACAUUCCAUCUGGAGAGAAGCUUUAUGUUUUCGAUGCAGCAAUGAGGUACAAGGCUGCUGAGCAAGAUACCAUUGUCUUAGCUGGGGCAGAGUAUGGCAGUGGCAGCUCUCGAGAUUGGGCAGCUAAGGGCCCAAUGCUUCUGGGAGUGAAAGCAGUCAUCGCUAAGAGCUUUGAGAGAAUCCAUCGCAGUAAUCUAGUUGGUAUGGGAAUAAUUCCUCUUUGUUUCAAGCCUGGCGAAGAUGCAGAAACACUAGGAUUGACAGGUCACGAGCAAUACACAAUUGACCUUCCAACUAGAGUCAGUGAUAUAAGGCCUGGUCAAGAUGUUACCAUCACAACCAAUGCGGGCAAAUCCUUCUCAUGCACUGUGCGCUUUGACACGGAGGUGGAAUUGGCAUAUUUCGAUCACGGUGGCAUCCUUCCAUUUGUCAUCCGCAACUUGAGUAAAUAGUGACGAUGUGAGUAUUUGUUAUCUCCUUGUUUUUGUGCGGAGGCAGGUAUUUCUGUAAUAAAAAUGUUGUACCCUUGCGGACGUAUUUUUAGCUUGCCAUUUCUUUUGAACCAGACGAGGUCUAGAAUUAGAACCGGCGAGUACAUAAUUGUGCUUUUUUUUUUUUUGGGGAAUAAUCUACAAAGUUAGUGGUGACUGUGAAAUACUGUAGGUUGGUUUUGAUCAUUAUAU